AUGCUUGCGGAGGUGCAAGACCCAACUGCCUAUAGCAGCUGGGAGUUGCCAUGCUCUGACUUGCGCGGUGCCAGCGAUGCAGAUCUGGACUUGCACAAGCUCCGCGAAACAUGCCAAGGAUCUGAUGGGCUUUGGGACUUGCGGGCUGCGCGCCUGCCUGGGGGUGUGGUGCGGCUUAUGGCGCGCGUCGAGCUCAUAGCGUUGGAUGCCGGCAGCGUGCUGCAGCUGGCCAAGUAUCUUGAUGCGUUGUACGAGGGCAGCCUCCCUGCAGAGGGGCUGCCAAAGGAUGUGUUCAGCGAGGCAAUGCAGCUCGCCGUCAAGACCCCUCCGUUGACGGACUCAUGGAAGCGGCGGGCUCAAGCUUUGCCUGGCCCCCCAGCAGUGCCGAGGAUCCACAUGCCCAAGGAAGUGGACAUCAGGAGAAUCUGGGGAGCGUUAAGUUCAGACACCUGGCAGGCCUUCCUGGCCCUUUGCAGGCAGCAUGGCUUGACGCCCAGUGCAGCGCUCACAUGCUGUUUCCAAGAUGUUCUCCGAUGCCAUACAGGGCACAGCAAGGACUUUACCUUGAACAUGACCCUGACAAAGAGGUUCGAGCUGGCUGCAGAGCUUGGUGCUACGGGCUUGGUGGGUGACUUCACCAACUGCCACUUGAUUGCCUGUCGCCCUGGGCCAACUUUCUUGCAUCGUGCUCUAGACUUGCAGGAGCAGGUUGCAACAGCUAUCAGCGAGCCGUGCUGUGGCAUUGAGCUACAACAAGAGGUGCGACGCUGUCAUGGUGAUGGCACAAUGCUCUUUGACGUGGUCGUGACUUCCUUGCUGGCAUAUGGACCGUGGAAGCCUGAAUCCCUGCCUCACCUGGGCGUGAAGUAUGCUGUCACGCAGACCCCGCAGGUGUCCUUGGACUUCCAGUUCAUGGAGCAGUUGGACAACGUGCUUCUCUUGUCCAUGGAUGUGGCAGCGCAUGUUGUCCCCCUCAAAUGGGCGCAAACCGUUAUGCAGGAAUUGGAGACUCAUUUGGCACAAGCUGUUUGCAGCAGCUUCCUCGGCCAGAUAUUGCCUCAGGAUCCCCGCAGGCCCCAUGCAUCCUUUGAGGCGAAGGAAGCAGCUGGUGGUAGGCUGGAGACCUCAGUGCUCAAGACAAUCCACAAGCAUGGCCUACGCAAUGCUGUGGUGGAGGCCGCGAGUGGAAAAUAUUUGAGAUACAACGACAUGGGGCACUUAGUUGCGUACUUUGCGCAGGAGCUGAGAAAGCAACCCUUGGAAAAGGAGCUUUCGGCAGUGGUGAUGCAGAAGGGAUGGGAACAGGUCUUGGCAAUCUUGCUGGCUGGCGGUGCAUAUGUGCCAGUGAACGCCUCCAACCCUGACAGCUAUGUGAAGGACAUUGUUGAGGAGAGCGGGGCGAGAUGCAUUAUGACUCAGCCCUUUCUGCGACGCCGGGCUUGUGAAUGGGCAGGUGCCCAUGUUGCCAUUCUCGAGGUCAAGGAGCACUUCUCAGCGCUGGAGCCUUGUUGCACGUUUCAGGAUUGCAAUGACCUGGCCUACGUAAUUUACACCUCGGGGUCCACUGGAAAGCCAAAAGGGGUUGCAAUCCAGCACAAGGCUGCCCUGAACACCUGCAAGGAGGUCAACGCCCUGCUGCAGCUGAGCAAAGAAGAUGUUUGCUUCGGGUUGGCUUCCCUAAGCUUUGAUCUAUCUGUUUGGGACAUCUUCGGGACUUUGUCUGCUGGUGCUGCACUGGUCCUGUGCGGAGCAGAUGACACUGAGAAUCCUCACAGCUGGAAGAAAGCCUUGGAGGAGCACAGCGUGACUAUUUGGAACUCGGUUCCCAUGGCUUUCCAGCUCCUUACUCAUUAUCAGGGUGGCGGCGCUUUGCACUUCCCUCGCGCUGCCUUGCUUAGUGGGGACUGGAUCCCAGUGAAGCUUUGCAGAGAGAACUGGCAACGCUGCCGGCUAAUUUGCUUGGGCGGCGCCACCGAAGCUUCGAUUUGGUCAAACUUCCACGAGGUCUUGACAGCUCCAGAGGAGGACCAGGUCUCCAUUCCCUACGGGCGUGCGCUCCACAACCAGAGAAGAACCUCGGGAGAUGCCUGA